AUGAAAACAGAGAAAAAUUGCAAUAAAGAUGAAUAUAUUUAUUUUAAACAUUGGUGUCCAACACAUGAAUUCUGUUCAAAUAAAUAUUCUUCUCUUCGCUAUUUGAUUAUGGAUACAGAAUAUAACCACCAAGCAUUCGGUUGUUUAACUCCAACAAUAUCAACAAUUACACAUUUGAAACUUGGUCAUAUUUAUUCGAUUAUUUGGUUACUUCAUCUUUUUCGAUAUACAACUCAAUUAAAAGUAUUACAUUUAGACGAAUUUUAUGGUGUAUUAGAUGAUGAUGAUCCUUUUAAUCGUCAUCCAACCAAAAAUCCAAUCGUAUUUCCAUGUGCCGUAAAUAUGCAUGUAUUUAUUGUUAAGAAUAGUUAUUGUGAACCAAUCUCUAUUGAAUAUAUUCUUCGUGCAUGUCCAUAUUUAAAACAAUUCUAUUUAAAUUCUACACAUGAUUAUUUUAAUUAUGAUACAAUGAUUCGAACAAAGAUUUAUAGUCCUAUUUUUUGGCAAUCAAUGAUAGAACAAUGGGGACAACAUUUAAUCAAUCUGAAUAUAACUAUUAAAGGUAGUCAUACAUUUUUAGAUGAAGAUCUCACUACUCUAUUUUGGAGAUCAAGAUUCUGGCAAAUCAAAACUUUACAUUCACCACCUUCUUUCAUUAUACAGAAUAAUAACAUUAUUUUCAAUUCUUUCUUAUCAUAG